AUGGUUUUAGCCAAGCAGGUAAGACUGGGCAAUUCGGGCCUCAAAAUAUCACCAAUAGUGAUAGGAUGUAUGUCAUACGGUUCCAAGAAAUGGGCGGACUGGGUCAUUGAAGACAAGGCUCGGAUUUUUAAGAUCUUGAAACACUGUUACGAUAACGGUCUGCGUACUUUUGAUACGGCGGAUUUCUAUUCUAAUGGGUUGAGUGAGAGAAUAAUUAAGGAAUUCCUGGAGCUUUACAACAUCAAGAGGGAAACAGUAGUCAUUAUGACCAAAAUAUUCUUGCCUGUCGAUGAAACGCUUGAAUUGCAUCACAAUUUCACCAUGAAUGAAGUCCAAGAAUUGGAUCUAACCAACCAAAGAGGAUUAUCCAGAAAGCAUAUAAUUGCUGGUGUGAAGAACUCUGUGGAAAGAUUGGGCACUUACAUAGAUCUUUUGCAAAUCCAUAGAUUAGAUCAGGAUACGCCAAUGAAAGAGAUUAUGAAAGCGUUGAAUGACGUUGUAGAGGCUGGCCAUGUCAGAUACAUUGGGGCCUCGAGCAUGCUGGCAACUGAAUUCGCAGAAUUGCAGUUCAUAGCAGACAAGUACGGCUGGUUUCAGUUCAUUUCUUCGCAGUCUUACUACAACUUACUUAAUCGUGAGGAUGAACGCGAAUUAAUUCCUUUUGCCAAAAGACACAAUAUUGGUCUACUUCCAUGGUCUCCUAAUGCAAGAGGUAUCUUAACACGUCCUCUAGGCCAGAACACAGACAGGAUUAAGAGUGAUCCAACUUUUAAAUCAUUACAAUUGGAUUCUCUUGAAGAAGACCAAAUGGAAAUUAUCAACCGUGUAGAAAAAUUGUCAAAGGACAAAAAUGUGUCGAUGGCCAUGAUCUCCGUUGCUUGGGUUCUACACAAGGGUUGUCACCCCAUCGUGGGCCUGAACUCUACAUCAAGAGUGGACGAAGUAAUUGCUGCACUACAAAUUACUCUAACAGAGAAGGAAAUCGAGUACCUUGAAGAGCCCUAUAGACCCAAGAGUCAAAGACGUUAA